AUGACUUCUGACGAUUCAUGCGACAACACUCUUACAUUAAUGGGCAUUGAUUCGCAUUGUCAUUGGGCACAGGCAUUUGUAGAGGCUGCAAAACCUACUGCAGUCAAUGCUGUAACUACCACUACAGUACCCGCUGCAAAAACACUUUUGCCUCUUACAACAGUAUCCACCACAAGUUCAACAAUUCAAGUGUUGGCUGAUCUGGAUCGCUAUGUCAAGGAGGCCAGGAAGGAUCAUAUUUUACUUGCUGCGGAGAUUGAGGAUUUAAUGGAUAUCCUAAGACGCAAAGUAAGGAUUGAGCGUUGGGUUUCUAGGAUCAUCACGAUCGCAGAGAAUAUUUGCGAGCCACCCGAACGGUAUCUCAAGACAGAUAUGCCUUCCAUGUCAAGGGCACGUGUGUUGCAGAUGGAACGAAUGCAACGGUUUCAGUCCAUGGUGGGCAUGCUACGUGUACGAUGGGAUCAAUGUGCCUACUUUCCUAUCGAUAAUUACGACCAUGCUCUCAGUAAACUCUUUGAGCUGGCUGAGCUCCAUGAUGAAACUAUGGAAUUUUCAUUUGUCCGCAUUGAGGCUCCGUUGUGUCUAUCACAGGAAUGUCUGGCGAGUCUCUCCACAAAGUUGGCGAAUCUGGAUCAAAGCUACUAUACCCGACAAGCAAGGAUCAGAGCAAUGGAACACAUCCUUAGUUUGAUUUAUCAAGAUCUCAGAAUACCAGAAGAAAAAAGAGUGGUAUUUAGGAAUGAAGCCACUGUCAAGUAUGCCGCAGAGCUCGGAAGAGAACUCAAAGGACUGCAAUUGGAAUUGAAUGCACGUAAACUGUAUUUAUCUGGAGAAUGUUGGGAAGUAUUGACAAUUGUUUGGGAUGCAUGCCUUAUCAGUGACCAGGAGCGACAGGCAUUUAAGGCUCAGGUUGAUCAAGACGGCACUACAUUCAUUGAGAAAGUGAAAACGAUCCAGUCAGAGAUUGAAAAAUGUCGGACGAGGUUCUCAAAAUCUAAGGCAGUCUACAAACUAAUGAUGAUACGAAGCAACCACAUAAAGCGAAUGAUAUCAUUUGAGCAGACCGCCAGUGAUCCCAAGCGCUUAUUCCAACCGUCAUUCCGAUUAGUCGAUGAAGAAAAAUUUAGACGACGUGCCUAUCCAACGCUAUUGAAACUUGAGGAGUCGUUGAUAGCAGCUAUCAAGCAGUUUGAAACCGAAAAUGGAGAGCAGUUCAUGUAUGAUGGCGUCCCGUAUAUCGAAACUCUUCAGUCCGAAGUUUCAAAACGACAUGUCAAUAAGACCGUGUUCGCAAAGUUCACUCCGAAGAUUGUUGCUCCAACCAAGGGUCAAGCUAUCCAAAUCAUGGGCAGAUCUUUUUCACCUAUCCCUGUACCAACUACUCCAACUCAAGUAUCACGUCCUCAGAAAACUUCAAAGAGUUCGCUUACUUCUACACACUUAGUCUCUUCACCCUCUGGGCCGUCAUUAAAGACCAAUAAAUCCAAAAUAUCCCCACCACAACCUUCAUCGAUGCCAGACAGUCUCUCUACAUUGUCGAUUCAUGAAUCGCAACUGUUGGAUCCAGUCAAGAAUAAGAACAAGGAGCAAAAGUUAAAAUUAGGAUUGAGCGACGAUUUCUCGUCCCUUAAAUCAUAUCUUCUUUCGCAUCAACGAGGUAUCUCUGAUGUAUCGACUGAAUCUUUGGGCUCGAAUGAUUCUGUGGAAGCAAAGUCAUCGGCGUUUUCGCUCUCAAUGACUCCAGCCUCCGUCUCUUCGUCCGCAUCCAACUCACCCACGACCGAGACCACUGCCAACAAUAGUUCGGGCUCAUAUUUUGGAUCCCCUAUAUCUUCCACCACCACCAGCCCCGCUAGCUCUGUUUCGGCAGUUGUAUCCCUAUUGUCUACCUCACCCCCGGCCCCUACUUCCCUCACUAAACAACAGCAGGUUGCAAGAUUGCAGAGACUUGAGCAAUUAGCGCUACCAAAGAACAAGCUCAAUGCCGUGGCGAAGCGUCCUCAGGCCAACAACACUGCAAAACGUGUAGCUGCAUAA